GGGCGCUUUCCGCCUGUGACGAUGCUUCCGGCUGGAGUGUGAGCCUGGACCGUAAGAUUGCCUCGCUAAGGAGAGGAGGCCAUAAUUCCAUUUACAGUUAACAAGUUUGUGCAAAAAAAACAAGCUAUAAUCUCCCUUCAAAAAAUGGAAAAUCAAGAGGUGUCCAAUAUGGAAGUUGCAUCUAUUACAACGAAGGAAUUUUGAAGAUGUAACUGAUGAUUACAAUUACAAUACACUGAGGAUUGUUUUUAAAAACAUUCAAUAAUUUGACUUCAUCUAAGAUAAAAAACAAUGAGAAAAAUAUUGUGCAAAUCCUUUUGAAGUUCUAGCUUUCUGAAAGCAGAUAACUACCAUUCUUAAUUAACCUUUUUAGAAAUGGAGAAACAGUAAGAUGAUUUAUUAUAUCGCCUUUGAUCAAGAAGAAUUGUGUUGUCUUCUGAUAAACUGUGGGAACCAGAUAUGCAGUAAUAAUAUACCCAAGUGCCAAAAUAAGGCUUAAUCUCAUUGGACUGAGAUUUUCAGAGCAAUGCUACAUUUCUGUUAGUUUAUAGUUCAAAUUUCUUCCUUUAUAUACUACUGAUCGAUAUAAUCAGUAUCUUUUAGAGUAUGUCGUCAUGGCUAGAUUUCGCAGAAAAAUGUGGAUCACAUUGCUGCUUUUUCUUUUAUUUAUUUUUGGUGUCAUGAUGGGCUUGAAGACCCUAAGACCUGAAGGAGCUGGUUUUGGAGAUGGCAUAGGACUGGAAUUAUUGCCACAACUUCGUCAUCGAGCUGCUGUUGGUGAACAUAGACCAGAUCUUUCCAAUAUUGAAAAAUCAUCAGAAAGAAGAACUCCUCUUCCUGAUGCAAAAAUGAGUGAACAUUUUGGUAUGAUGAAAAGAGCGCCCGUAUCUGAUGAAAACCUUGACCAUUUUCCUCCAGUGAAUUAUGAUUUGCAUGCAUUUUAUUAUUCAUGGUAUGGAAACCAACAGUUUGAUGGUAAAUACAUACAUUGGAAUCACCCACUAGUUCCCCACUGGGACCCUAAAAUAGCAAGCAGUUAUCCUAAAGGAAGGCAUAUUCCUCCAGAAGACAUUGGUGCCAGCUUCUAUCCUGAGCUAGGAGCUUACAGUUCCAGGGAUCCUGCAGUUAUCAACGCGCACAUGAGACAACUCCGGUCAGCUGCAAUAGGUGUGUUAGCUUUGUCCUGGUAUCCACCUGGUUUGUCAGACGAGAAUGGUGAACCUGCAGAAGAUCUAGUACCAGUCAUUUUGGAAGCUGCAAAUAAAUAUCAAUUAAAGGUCACCUUCCACAUUGAGCCGUAUGAAGGGAGAGAAAACACUUUAUAUAGUAAUUUGAAGUACAUCAUUGACAAAUACGGAUCCCAUCCUGCAUUUUAUAGGUAUAAGACUAGUGCCGGAAGAAAUCUUCCAAUGUUCUACAUUUAUGACUCAUACUUAAUAAGCCCAGGAUCUUGGGCCAAUCUUCUCUCGGUUCCUGGAUCUCACAGUCUUCGAAAUACUCAAUAUGAUGCACUAUUCAUUGCCCUAAUUGUUGAAGAAAAGCAUAAAAGUGAAAUUCUUCAGGCUGGUUUUGAUGGAAUGUACACGUACUUUGCAACAAAUGGAUUCUCCCAUGGCUCUUCCCACCACAACUGGCAAACAAUAAAAGAUUUCUGUGACAGUAAUAACCUUAUGUUUAUCCCGAGUGUAGGACCAGGUUAUGUAGACACUAGCAUAAGGGCUUGGAACAAUCACAAUACGAGGAACCGUGUCAAUGGCAAGUAUUAUGAGACUGCGUUAAGUGCUGCCCUCCUAGUGCGUCCAGAAAUAAUCACUAUAACUUCGUUUAAUGAAUGGCAUGAAGGGACUCAGAUUGAAAAAGCUGUUCCCAAAAAGUCCAGUCAGUUUGUUUAUCUGGAUUAUCUGCCUCACAAGCCAGAUAUCUACUUAGAGCUGACUCGUAAAUGGGCAGAAAAGUAUGGCAGAGAGAAAGAACAAUGGUUGAUGUGACAUCUUUGUGUCUUGAGAAUUGGAAUAGAGUAAUUUGUGGUCUAGCAUCAAAUAUUACAAAGAACUUUGUUUUAGUGGGUUAACACUGAAGGAAAUUUAAGUUGUUUUUGGGUCAUUCGGAUCAUCUUAUGAAGUCCUGUGAAAUUGUUGAUUUGAAAGAAAUGAGUUGCUGUGUUUGGUUAGAAAGUACUAUACACUGAAAGUGUGACAUUUGUGAAACUUUAAAUGACUUUCUUCUUUGAAAGCAGCAACUUAGGUUAAGUAUUGUUUUAUCGGUGCAAGCCCAUGUUACCGUUCUUAAUUCGUAGUCCUGACUCAAACGUCUGCAGUGAGCUCAACCAUUGAGAGUAUUAUUCAGCCUCCAUUUCUAUCAUGACGUUUGCCUGUGUGCAUGGUGGUAGUGAUCAUGAACAGUAAUUUUGAUGGUUAGUUUCCUUCCAACCCAGAGGUGCUAAGACCUAUAAUUUUGAGUACCACAGCACAAACCAGGUGUCUAAACCAGAACCCUCCUGUGUGUCAUGUAUAGCUCAGUGUUGCAAUGUCAUGAAUUUACCAACUGAGCUACCAAUAGCAGCUAUUGAUUAACUUACUUAAAUUAUAAAUUUUUAAUUUCAGUUGUUGUUAGAACACUUAACGUAUCUCAGCAUUUGGAAGCUUUUUAUUGCAUCCCUAAGAUUGGGAAUGCCAGAUUAGGUUUUCUGGUGAGAUGAGUGCGUCCAACUUGCAUUGAACCUCUUCCCAUAUUCUUUUUAAUUUCAAUUGUUGUUAGCAAUGAAUGUUACAAAAUGUUUAUAUUGUUCCAGAUUCACAUCUGGUGAAGGGUUUCUCGUGUGUCUUCCAGCAUCCACACUGCAAAGAGGCUGUUUGUGAAGAUGCAUAAGAAUAAAUUGUGCUGAGGUUUGGGAAGGAUGGACUUAGAGUUUAAUUUUUUUUCAGGUAGUAUUGAGUCAGGAUUGAAUGCCAGGAGGUGCAGAAUUUCAAGGUGCUGCUGGCAUACUGGUCCCUUGAUUCUAUCCCGGACAAAUUUCUCGUGACUUGGUCAGCCUCCAAGUUUGCAAAAAGAAUGGGGUCAAGAUAGCUGUCUCCCUUGCUGUCCACAUUCUGUCCAACAACAAGAGCUUAGCUGUUACCCUCAACUGGGCAGCAAGAUUGCCCUCAGACCAUUACUUGGUCACGCCAGAAAUAAUUACACUGUAUUUUGUCUCACACACAAGAAUUCUGACCUCCACUUGAGGCUGAUGGCAAGGUUUAGAAGCCAAAAGGCAAAAUCUUCCCGUUAAAAUAUCUCUGCACAAACCUGCAAAAUUAUCCAUAUUUCUUGGGACCUUUUCCAAGUUUGAGAAAUUAUCACAUUUAAUCUGUGGUAUUUAAAUUUCAUACACAAUGCUGUAGUUGGUCAAUUUGCCAGCUGUGUAUUCCAGACUUUGACACUUGAAUUUUUUCAUGCUUUUUAUGUUUGUUACUACACCUGUGGAUUUCUUUAUUUAUUGAUCUAGAAUGGUUUCAGAGAUAGUAGGAACUGCAGAUGCUGGAAAAUCUGAGAUAACAAGGUGUAGAGCUGGAUGAACACAGCAGGCCGAGCAGGAAGGCUGAUAUUUUGGGCCUAACCCAUAGACGGGUCUCGGCCCAAAACGUAAGCCUUCCUGCUCCUGUGAUGCUGCUUGCCCUGCUGUGUGUUCAUCCAGCUCUAUACGUUGUUAUCUUAGUAGUGAAUGGUUGUCAGGUUUCAAAGUCAAAUUUGAGAACCUUUUUUGUUUAUUUAAUGACUUGAAUGCGUAACAACACCUCAGCGUUUUUAAUGCUGCAGUCUGAAAUGGGACAAGUUUUAUUUGCUCUUAACUAGCCCUUUUGAGUAUGCAAAAUUACAGUGUCUAAAGUUUUCCAAAUGCUUAUCUUAAGGACCAGAUAUUUUCCAGUGCUGCUGUAACAUUUGUGGAGUUAGGUCUGUUUUAUGAUUUACUUCCCAAACUAAAGUAAAAUUUAGUCAGUAAGGGGAUUCUGAAAUGGUGAGCUGAGAAUUCGUAAGAACCUUUUUUAUCCUGGUAGCAAUCUCAAUGCUUAUAUUUUAAAAAUGCACUGGUAACUUUUUGUCUGAAGUUAAUUAUUUAAUUAACUAUCACGUCCAAAUUCACAGACUUUAAUUGUAUUUUAAUGGACCAGGCCAGCAUUAUUUUGUGAUUUACAUGUUUAAUUUGGAAAGCGUGUUGACUCAAGUAGAAGUAUAAUUAAUCAUUUGUAACUUUUCCCCAGUGUAGGUGGGCUUUACAUUCUCGUGUUUAUAUUUUUUCUGGAGUUAAGGAGUCACUCAAGAUAUUUCCAACUUUCUCCUUUCUCUUUAAUUGCUACCCCAUAAUGGGCAGUACUGAGGCUCAGUGGUUAGCACUACUGCCUCACAGCAUGAGGGAACCGAUUUCAAUUCCACCUCCAAGCAAUUGUCUGUGUGGAGUUUGCGUGUUCUCCCAGUGUCUUUGGGUGCUCCGGUUUCCUCCCACAGUCCAAAGAUAUGCGGAUUAGGAUGGAUUGGCCAUGCUACAUUGCCUGUAGUGUCCAGUGAUGUGCAAGCUAGCUGGGUUAGCCAAGGGAAGUGCAGGAUUACAAGGACAACGUAAGGGGGUUUGGGUCUGGGUGGGAUGCUUUUCAGAGGGCUGGUGUGGAUUCGAAUAGGCCAAAUGGCCUGCUUCCAUAAAUUCUAUUAUAAUAGUACAGAAAAAAUGGUAUUCCAUAAUUGUUAAAGUAAUGUACAAAGUUUCUGGUCUUCAAGGGCAAUUCUGUUAGGUCAUUGUGUCAGUGAGGACCCUUUCAUAGACAUUUCAGGCCAGGUGUUGGACAAAAUUGUUAUACUAUAGAACUAGUAAAGAGGAGGCUGAUUUGAAUAAUCUGUUGAAAGCAUUUAUGUUUCUCCACAGUAGUUUUUCAAUUUAAAUUUAGUUGAAAAAAUACUGGUAUCAAUAAAAAUGAUAAUGAAUCUGCAUUAUAUUAAAAUCCUUGUUUUGCUUAUGCUGUUUUGGUAACUAUGACAAGAUUCUUUCUCUGUCCAGCCUACGUUUGACCCCAAUCUCUCUCAUAUACAGUAGGGUUUUCUUCCACCGUGGUAAAAGACCUUUGAACCAAAAUACCUGAGAUCAAGUCCUACCUUCACAGAACACCCAAACAGGUUAAUUAAAAAUUGCCACACGCGUGAUUAGUUUUAAACUGCAUUCUGCAGUGGCCCAGCAAUCAAGUUUAUAACUGCUUGGGUUCAAGGAGGAGGUCCACUGUCUCCUUCUCAGGGAAUUUGAAAUGUGCAAUAAAUAUUGACCUUGCCAGCCAUGGCCAUGUUUUAAGAAUGAAUUCAAAAGCAAGGUUGGGCACAUGCUAAACAGCAUGUGCUGACAUUUGAGACGAUCAAGGGGGUUGAUGCCACCAGUGUGCUCUCAAAACAGCAUUAUGUGUAGAAUUUCAUACCUGUUUCUAACAUAGAAUUGCAGAACAAAUCUCUGUUUUGUGUGUAUGUUUUGUUUCUGGAUGAGAGAUUGAUUAGAGGGGAGAACUCUUGAAAUUUUGACUUCAGAUGUUUUGGUUGUUCAAGGAAAUUUUAGUUUGUUGUACUAAUCCCACCAAUUUCAUGUCUGAAAUCAGCUUGCUGAGUUCAGACCAACAUAGUUUCCACUAUAAGAAUUUUGCCCUUUGGUCAGUAUCAGAUUAUGUGGUGUAUACAACAGAGAUACUUUGGGGUGAGCUCUUUAUUUUCCACAAACAGCAACACUGAACCUGAAUUAAAUCAUUUAUGAAGGGGCCAACUGGUUUGUCCUUCAAAAUUUAUGCAGUUGUACUGUUGAGUGUUAGUAUUCUUUAAUUGUACUUUGCCUUUCUCAAUCAGUGUAUAUUUGCUUGAACCACUAGCGUAUCCUGAUUUUUUUUUAAAUGCAUUGGUUAGCUAGGUGGCACUGCACUUCUGAAUAGCACUCCUGGCUACUUUCAGGGAAAUAUUUGUUCUGGUAAAAACCCAUAUCUGUUUUUAGCAAAGCACAGGGGUAUGCAAGAGGUGAAUACCAAAUCAGUAGGACUAUUGAAAAGUUUCACUUUUGCAGUCUAUGUGCAAAAGCUCAGUGGACAGCAGUAUUUGAAUGAAAAUAGAUACAAUCUACCAGUUAAAUAAAAAACCAAGAUACAUCUGUAAUUUAUGUUGGCUUACAUUGAUUCAGAAAAAAAGUUGUAAAUUUUAAUUGUCCUGAUUUUGUUUGAAUUUUCAUUUUAAAAGACAGUGGGGCAAAUAUACAUUUUGUAUGAAUUGUUUAAUAGUUGUACAUUGUUACUACUGUGUACUUAAUUCUACAUGGUUGCCACUUAUGUUUCAAUUAUUAAUAUCAUUUUUAAAUUUGAGUCAAGUUGGCGCUUAGAUCUACGUGCAAUGCAGUGUGUGGAAAUGCUAAAUGUAACAUUUCAAUAAUAUGAAAUGAAGCAGAAAACAAAUAUUGCACUUAAAUUUUAGCACGCCAAAGUAGUUUCAUAAAUUUGUGCCCAAGUAAAACUAGCUAAUUUUUUGUAAUGUUAUUUGAGGCUUUUGUGGAUUUACAUUUCUAAUUUUCUCAUUAUUUACAUGGAUAAAAGCAACAAUACUGUUUCUGAUUGGUGCGAUAAAAAUGUUGGCCUGGUGUUUAAAUUUGCCCUUUCCAAUUAGGCUGAAAAUGACGAGAAUUCCUUAUCAGGUAAACAUCAGUGGAGAAUUACUUGAACCCAAGAGAUCUUACUGUGAAAGCAACGAUGGCUUAGAUAGUCCAUUAUGUUUCUCGAGCAGACUAGUCCACUCAGUCUCUAAUUUAAAUGUUAAUUAAUUUAGAAGGACUAAAAAUGAGUAUUUUGUUUUAUUCGUAACUGAUUAGCUACCUGUAUAAAAUGAAAGUAAUUGACAAAUUGCAGAAUAGACUUUACUGUUUAUAAUGCAUGAACCACAAUCAAGAGAAUAAAAAUCCAUACUAC